AUGGUCAACCUGAACCCCGUUCUCAACCCGCUCAAGAAUACCAUCGACUUUGUUGCCGAGAGCGACGCCCCCGUCGACCAGGAUGGCGGGCACCCCCUCCCUCCUCUACUCGCCCGCAAAAUCACGGACGUCGAGCAGGAAGCUAUCCGUGGGCCCGGCUUCACUCCCGCCGACCUGCCUGCAUAUAUCAACGCCGUAAAGACUCUCAAUGGCCCUGGUCUUGACGACCGCAAGUUCCUGCUCGAGAAGGUGCUCACGCUCAUGGCGCGCGCCCCGGACGACUCGGCCUUCGCGGCAACGCUUCAAAAGUUCGCGAUUGACAUCCUGUACAAGGACCUGCCUCAUCCCCCGAGCGGGUACCUGGCCCUCCCCAGUGGCGCGCCCCCGACUGCAUCGCCGAUCACUAAGGGCGUGAAGUACGCCUACCGCAGCGCCGACGGCUCCGACUACAAUGUCCUCAUCCCUACCUUGGGCAUGGCCGGCACGCCAUACGCGCGCUCUGUGCCCUCCACCACGCGCAUCCCCCCGCAGUAUCUCCCCGACCCGGGCCUCGUCUUCGACACGCUCCUCAAACGCGAGAAGUUUGUCGAACAUCCAGGCGGCAUAUCGAGCCUGUUCUUCGCCUUUGCCGACCUCGUCAUCCACAGCAUCUUCAACACCAACACGCGCGACUGGACCAUCAACGACGCCUCCAGCUACCUCGACCUCAGCCCCCUCUACGGCAGCUCCCAGGCGCAGGUCGACAGUGUUCGCCGCAAGGACGGCACUGGUAGGCUCUACGAGGACGUCUUUGCCGACCCGCGACUGCUCUUCAUGCCCCCCGCGUCGUGCGCGCUGCUCGUCCUCUUCUGCCGCAACCACAAUUACGUCGCCGAGAGGAUCCUCGCCAUCAACGAGCUCGGGAGUUAUCGCGCGCCCAGCACGCUCGGCGCGCAGGAGCGCGCGGCGCAGGACGAGGAGCUCUUCCAGCGCGCCCGCCUCGUCAACAGCGCGCUCUUCAUGCAGGUCAUCCUGGGCGACUACGUCGGCGCGAUCCUUGGCCUCACGCGCGACGGCCUCGCGUGGCGCCUCGACCCGCUCGCGGCGAUGCGCGAGCUCAACCACGCGUUCGCGCCGCAGGGCGAGGGCAACGUCGUCGCGGUUGAGUUCAACCUGAUGUACCGCUGGCAUGCGACGAGCUCCGCGUCCGACACGCAGUGGAUCGAGAACCUCUUUGGAAAGCUCUUCCCGGGGAAGUCGUGGAGUGACAUCUCCGUUAAUGACUUCCGCACCGCCAUCAUCAAGUAUGUGAUGGGCACGCCGCAGGACGUGAAGGAGUGGUCGUUUGACAACCUGAAGCGUGGUCCGGACGGCCGUUACGACGACGCGGAGCUCGCGAACAUCCUGCAGAGCGCGACCGAGGCCCCCGCGAGUGCGUUCGGGGCGCGCGGCACGCCCGAGGUACUGCGCGUGAUCGAGAUCCUCGGCAUCAUGCAGGCUAGGAGCUGGGGGACGUGCUCGUUGAACGAGUUCAGGAGCUUCAUGGGCCUGAAGCCUUAUAGCACCUUCGCGGAGUGGAACCCCGAUCCAAAGAUCUACGCUGGACUGCAAGCAGAGGAGACCAAGGUGCCGAUGCCAGGUGCAGGCCUGUGCCCGGGUUACACAAUCUCGCGCGCGAUCCUGGCGGAUGCUGUAUGCCUCACUCGUGGCGACCGCUUCCUCACUGUGGACCUCACGCCGUUCAACCUCACGACCUGGGGCUACCAGGACUGCCAGUAUAAGAAGGAUGACGGCUCGAUCGGCGGCAUCCUGUCCAAGCUGCUCUUCCGCACGCUGCCGAACCAGUACCCCGCCGACUCUGCGUACGCGUUCUUCCCGUUCAUGGUGCCCAAGACGAUGAAGGGCCACGUCGCGGCGGACGCGGUGAACAAGUACUCCUGGGACAGGCCUGCGCUGGCUGCCCCGGUCACCUCGCUGCUGGGCCCCAGCGUGUCCGCUCCCGUCUCGGAGUAUGAUCAGCGUCUCAAGGCAAUCUUGGGCGGCGUUGUGCCUGACCGAGCGGCGGUUCGGCAAGUUCUCUUCAGCGACGCGUCCAUCCAGCAAUGGGCACAGUCCUUCCAGGAGAUCACGCAGCAGCUGCUGAAGACAAAGUCGGUGGAUCACGUUGACAGCAAGGCGAAAUACGUCAACAUCGUCCGCAAUGUCGUCAACGUGCUUCCCGUCGUCUGGAUCUCCAACUUCAUCGUCGGGCUCCCUCUGAAGACGGAGACAAACCCCCACGGCGUAUACCGUGAACAUGACCUCCUGACAAAGUGGUCAGACGUUGGAAACUAUGUUUUCCUGGAUCAAUCUCCCGAAGGCCAGUUUGCGCUUCGCGGAAAGUGUACCGAGACCGCCAAGGACGUCACCGGUUUCGUUAAAGGUCAUUGUGCCGAGCUUUCCGGCCACAGCCUGUCUGGAUUCGCAGAUUCUGUCGUCGACUACGUCACAGGAGGGAAUGAGCACGAGAGAUCAUUUAUUAAGUCGCUGCUUGCUGGGCGACACGGCUCGCAUGAUGCCCUCGCUGCGGGUGUGAUCGCCGAAGUGGUCGCUACCGCACCACUCUACUCCCGAAUCCUGGCUGAAGUCGUUGAUUACUACCUCGAUGAUGGCAAACGCGCUCGUCUCGUCUCAGUCCUAACUGGCGAGUCAGCGAACCGCGACGAGAAACUACUCGCGCUCAUCCGAGAGGCUCUCCCUACCGGGGAUGUGCAGAAGCUCGACGCUGCUAGAUCAGUGGAUUUCGGUCUGCUUGAUCACAGGUUCCUCGCAAAGACGGCUUUCACGGUAUUGCGAACAAUCUUCUCCCUUAAGGAUCUCAAGCGGGCACCUGGUUCCUCGGGUAGUCUGAACCGAUUCGCGGACGACACGAACGGCGAGUUGCGUCCCGUCUACCUGACCUCCCAGGGAUCGGUGACACCAUGGCCAGUGUCAAUGCUAGUUCAAUAUAACCUGUAA